GGUGCAGUGAGUAUUUUGUAUCGUCACGAUCAGGCAAAUGCUGCGAAGCACGAAGAAGAGUAUAUUGACCUCUUUAGCAACCCGUUCCCUGCAGCUGUCCGAGGUUUCGUGGACGAUAUCAUCGAGCCGCACACAACACGCCGCCACAUUUGCUUGGAUCUGAACGUGCUCGAAACCAAAAUGCUCAAAAAUCCGAAAAAGAAGCAUGGCAAUAUCCCGCUAUAA